GAUCUACAGACUACGGCUCCACGUACGAGAGAAUGAACGACAAAGUUGGAUCCAARACGGUCCUCAGUUAUUUAUACGUGUGUCCGACCAACCAAAGGAAGAUCAUGGUGCUGACAGAUCCAGAGUUUGAGAGCAGCGUGCUCAUCAGCACAGACGAAGGAGCCAGUUUCCAGAAGUACCGCCUGUCUUUCUUCGUCCUCAGCCUGUUGUUUCACCCCACCGAGGAGGACUGGGCCCUGGCCUACAGCCACGACCAGAAGUUGUACAGCUCAGUGGACUUUGGGAGAAAAUGGCAGCUCAUUCAUGAACACGUCACCCCGAACAGAUUCUACUGGUCGGUGGCAGGCCUGGACAAAGACCCAGACCUGAUCCACAUGGAGGCUCACACACCAGAUGGAAAUGUGCAGUACGUCACCUGCAGAGCUCAGAUGUGCACUGAAGCCAGCAGGAACUACCCGUUCCCCGGGUACAUCGACAUCAGCUCUCUGGUGGUUCAAGAUGACUACAUAUUCAUACAGGUUCCUACAUCCGGACGAGCCACCUAUUACGUGUCGUACAAGAGAGAUUUAUUUAUCCAAAUCAAACUGCCCAAGUAUUCCCUGCCUAAGGAUUUACACAUCGUCAGCACCGACGAGAAGCAGGUGUUUGCAGCAGUGCAGGAGUGGAACCAGAACGACACCUACAAUCUCUACCUGUCUGACACCAGAGGCAUCUACUUCACCCUGGCCAUGGAAAACGUCAAGACCACCAGGGGCAUAGGUGGGAACCAGAUGCUUGACCUGUAUGAGGUGGCUGGAAUUAAAGGCAUGUUAAUUGCCAACAAGAGACAAGACAACCAGGUGAGGACCUACAUCACCUACAACAAAGGCCGGGACUGGAGGCUCCUGCAGGCUCCUGCAGCCGAUCUGGACGGGAACGACAUCCACUGYAUCCUGCCGUUUUGUUCCCUUCAUCUUCAACUGCAAAUGUCAGAGAAUCCGUAUGUGUCCGGAACGAUCUCCAGCAAGAGUUCAGCUCCUGGAAUCAUAGUGGCCACAGGAAAUAUCGGAGCAGAGCUGUCGUACAACAACGUCGGUAUGUUUGUGUCAUCGGACGCAGGGAAUAGCUGGAGACAGAUUUUUGAGGAGGAGCACAAUAUCUGGUUUUUGGACAAAGGCGGAGCCCUCGUUGCUGUAAAACAGCCAUCAGUGCCGACCAGACAUUUAUGGGUCAGCUUUGACGAGGGGAGGCAGUGGAGCCAGCACAGCUUCUCCUCYGUCCCUCUGUUUGUGGAUGGAGUCCUGGUGGAGGCUGGAGCAGAGAACCAGAUCAUGACCUUUUUUGGACAUUUCAGUCACCGCUCUGAGUGGCAGCUCAUCAAGAUAGACUACAAGUCCAUCUUCAGCAGGAAGUGCACGGAGGAGGACUACCAGACUUGGCACCUGCACAACCAGGGCGAGCCGUGUGUGAUGGGUCAGAAGCAGAUUUACAUGAAACGCAGGCCUGGAAACUACUGCAUGCUGGGACAGGACUACUCCAGAAUUCUCUCAGCCGAGUCCUGCAUUUGCCGCGCUCAUGACUUCGAAUGUGAUUAUGGAUACGAGCGGCGUAGUGACGGAAACUGUCGCCCGGCCUUCUGGUUCAAUCCUUCCACCGUGUCCAGAAGCUGCAGCCAGGGUCAGAACUACUUCAACAGCACCGGGUACCGUAAAGUGGUGCUGAACAACUGCACCAAAGGAGUGAAAGAAAUGUACACAGCGAGGAAGCAGCAGUGCCCCAACAGGCCCCCGAARGGUCUCGCACUGACCACCAAAGAUGGGAAACUCACCGCAAACAUGGGCAACAACGUCACCUUCCUGGUGCAUCUGGAUGAGGGUGACUCCCUGCGGACAAACAUCCAGCUGGACUUUGGCGACGGCACGGCGGUCUCAUACUCCAACCUGAGCUGGACCGAGGAGGGAAUCAAACACGUGUACAGAUCUGCUGGAAUAUUCCGAGUCACGGCUCUGGCAGAGAACACGCUGGGUUAUGACUCCACCACUCUCUUCCUGCACAUCACCUGUCCAGUGGAGCACGUCCAGCUCCUCGCUCCGUUUGUGAUGAUCAGACACAAGGAGGUGAACAUCACAGCCGUGGUCUUACCCAGCCAGCCGCGCACUGUCACCUACUACUGGUGGCUGGGCAACAAUACCGAGAAUUCUUCAAAUCUCUACUUUUAUCUUUCUCCCCUAAUCUGGACGAGUUCAACCCUGACGUCCCCGAGUGGAGGCAGGACGUGGGGAGAGUAAUUAAGAAGGCUCUGCUCCAAGUGUCUGAUUUCCCAGAAGAGCAGCUUUUGGYCGCUGUGUUUCCAGGAGUUCCAACAGCUGCCGAGCUCUUCUUGUUACCCAACAAGAACCAAUCAGAGGACAAGAAAAAAACCGAGGAGGAGCUAGAGAAGGCAUCCACCGUUAUUGUCAGCGCUCUGAACCAGAACCUGGUGGAGUUUGAGCUAAAGCCGGGUGUCAGAGUCAUUGUGUACAACACACAGUUAACACUGGCUCCUCUUGUGGACUCCAGCCCCAGACACAGCAGCUCUGCGAUGCUCAUGCUCCUCUCAGUGGUCUUCCUGGGUCUGGCUGUGUUCCUCAUCUACAAAUUUAAGAGAAAAAUCCCUUGGAUCAACAUCUACGCCGAGGUGAACCAGGAGAAGGAGCAGGAGAUGAUUGGCUCAGUGGGUCAGGGCGACAGCACGCCUAAAAUCACCCUGAGCGAGUUCACCACGUCCAAAGAGCUCAUGGAGAAAGAGCUGGAUGCCAGCAGGGUCAAGAGAGGAGUGGGAAACGCCUGCGAGAGCACGAGGGAGAUCCCAAACUGCACCAGUGUGUAAAAAGCAGCAACUGGCGUGGAUGUGUGGCUCAGCAGAUUCAGCUCUCUGUAAUCACUGAAGGACUUCUCCAGUUUUGUGGAUGUAAACGCUGCACUCAUUCGCUGCGUGACGAGUUCUGUACGUUCCUGACAAGUUUGCUUUGAAAAAUCAUUUCUGCCUACAUGUAGACUAUAACGUCCAAGUCUCCAGUCAAACAGGGAAUAUUAUCCAAAUGUACAAUAGUAUCUUUUCUUCUGUUCCUUGUAAAUACUCUUCCUUUCUACAUGCUCGUAGUGUCAUGGCGCCGACGUCAGGUCUGACAGUGGUUUGUUUUUUCAGAGUGUGGAAAGAAAAAAACAAAAGAAACAGAAACAUUUUGCUUUGCUGAGGUCCUUGACUUGUGCAUGUUCUUCUGAGGACACAGUUUGUGUGUUGUAGAUAAGCAAGUGUUGUAAAUAGUUCUUUUUUUUAACAUCCAUCCAAGAAGCCCCRCCCAUCCUGCCCUGACUCUCCUCCUUCCAUCAUCUUCAGUUUCUGAUGGAGGAAUGUCCCUUCAUGAUCAAACAUUGGAGUUGCUCUGCAAACAAAGUGAAGAGAAUCAACUCCAGAUGGAUUCUGUAUCAUAUAUUUAUAUUUGAAGUAGAAAUGUACUCCAGGUAACCAGACUCUUUCAGCUUGAAGACUGUCUUUAAUAUCUUUGAACCAAACAUGACCUGCUGCUGAAACAUCACUUUUACAUUCUGCCUCUGAGCACAAACAGCUCAUGUUCUGUGGCAGCAGUGAUCAAAAAUAAGAUUCACACAUCAAAACYAGACAUGGAUGACACUGAAAUAAAACUUUGCUUUUUAUUCCCCAAGAUGAUUUUAAUCUAAAUCCUCACUUCUUUUAUUUUAAAGCUGUCCUUUAGUAUCUCUGUCCACACUGUUAUUUKAAUCCAUGCAGAAAUACUCGCUCUACAAGGCUUUAACAUGUCGAAUAAAGAAAAAAGAAUAUAUUUAGCUUACCUGAAGAUUCUCUUAAAACUCAUUUUACUUCCUCUCAGUUCAUCAGUUUAGCUCAAAAUCAGAGUUUAACAGGAUGAAGUYGGACAGAGCAGGAAAAUUAAAACUCUUGUUGUUUUGGACACAAACUGAUUGGGAUGAGUUUGAGUAAAACAGACUCGUUUUUAAAAAAAACUCAACACAGAUACAGAAAAAAUAUUUUUUUCUAUAAACCCUGUUGUCCAUAAGAGGGUUAGAAACCAAAUUAACAAGAAGAUCCUUCAUUUCUAAGAAAAUGUAUUUAUUAUUUUUAGAGGCAUAAUAAAAUGUUCUCUUCACAUUCAGGUUAUUUGAAAGCUUCGCAGUAAAAUCAUUUGAGUCAUUUCUUAGAAACACAUGUUGCUAAUUUUAGCCCAUUUAUUCUCAUAAAUGUCUACAUUUAUGAUUUUCCAAGAUAAUUAAAUACAAGUGGAUAAAGAUACCAGAAAAAUAGAUUACUAAUUUUCAAAGCUCUUUUUGUUUCUUCAUGGCAAAGAGCGUUUAACAGGGUUCAUGUGGAUCCUUGAAAAUAAGACUUUAAUUAGCGUUAAAAUGUCUUAAAUCAAUCUUUCAGAGGUCUUAAAAAUGUUAACACUUAAGUAGGAAGACUAAUUCGUCUCACAUAUUACAAUGAUUGGUAACUUUUCUUUGUUUAUUUAAAAAAAUGAUGAAAUGCCUCUUACAGCUCGUUUUGAUUUAAAAUAAAUAUUUGGCUACAGUUGUUGCUAAAUGAGUUUUUUCCAUUUGUGUUUAUUGUGAAGUUGGUUUUAAAUUUYAUUAUAAGUGGCAUUAAUUAGGUCUUAAAAAGUCUUAAAUUUUAUUUGCCUUAAACUGUAGGAACCCUUUAGUUGGUUGCAGUCUGCAGUUUCACAACUAGGGGCACUAAAUAGUAUGUUUUUCUACUUAAAUCUGAAAUUAGGAACAACAAGUCUUUAAAAUCCAUCAUUAAACCAUUUUUGUGAUUUAAAAGUAAAUCUUUUUGAAGAAGAGCUUCUUCUAAUUUAAUUCCCACUUGUUUUUAGUUGUUUUCCUAAACUAAAGCCGUCUCAGAUGUGAGGGGAACGGCUCAGUGUUCACUCAGAGCUCUCAGAUGGUAGAAACGAGCAGAACAGUGGGGUCGGUGUCAUUAACGCGCUCUUCCCGCUGUCAUCAGCCCCCAUUUACGAGCAAACCCUCGGCUCUGCGUGGAAUUUGAAAUGAAACAGAAUUGUUUUCUCAGCACGCAGCUUCCCACCAGUGCUGUUUUCCAGCUCCACAAACACCGAGCGGCCUAGAAUUGACUCACGUCGGCCUCUGGCUAACCGCUUUGACAGUAAUGAGAGAAAACUGGACAGCUAAGCCGAAGAUCCGGCGCACAGCCUUCCCUCAACGCUCGGCUGAGGUGAACGUUUUGUCGCAGGACUGGGUGAGCGAGUGUGCACAAAAAGUAGAAGCUGUCACAUCACGUUUGUAUUAGCCAAACAAAGUGCUCUCAUCUCUGAGCAAACAGCCGACGCAGUCCUCGUCGCUGCAUGCACAACACGCCCAACAAAGAUUAUUUCCAGCUCUGUCGGAUUGGGCUCAUGUCAGAGCCGGGGUUAUUUGUUCGGCUGGAUUUUGUUCUGGUGGCAGCUUUGUUCUGUCCUGAUUUCUAUCAUCAGAGUAAGAUUAGGAGGAAAUAAAGAAGAAAAGCAUCAAAUAGUUGGAGCUUCUCUAACCACAGCUAAAGCUGGAGGAAAUGUUAUGUAACAGUUGGAUCUUUUUACUCUAUGAAAGGGAAAAUUGGACAAACACUCUUACUUUCAUUCAAACUAGUUGAUGUAAAGAAGGUUUUAUAAUUUAAAAGACAUCAUCUCCACAGCGUUGAUCACUGCAAACCUCUAUCUGAUAUCCUAAAUGCCACAAAAUAUCAGAUCUCAGAGGGAUCCAUCAGGAACGAUGGAGCAGAUUUGUUGAUUUAAGAUUGGCUCAGACAGCAGAAGCUUUGUGAUGUUCAGUGCACAAGAAGCUAUGAUGCAUGCAUCAUCAGUGAUGUUCUGUUUCAUCUUGAUUUUAAGAUUUCUACGGUAAAGAAACUGUCAUUUUGAAAUUGUUUCAAAUAAAUGUAUUUUUGUACAUCA